AUGACGGAAAGUGAAGGAAAGCGUGAGAAAAUGCGCAAAGAGAACAAGCGAGGAAGCCUCCUCGUUUUCACCGGAGCUGCUGCCGUGCUCGCGAUUGCGGCGAAUCUCGCCAUCACCGCAUUCAGGCACCACAAGGAAAAAAAUGCAAAGAAGAAAGAUCUUGCAGGUUCUAAGGUGCGCGUUAACCUACCUGCGCCUGAGAUUCUUAAGUUAGCAGAACAAAUCAUUGCCAACUCGAAGAAGGUCCAUAAUUCUGUUGCGUCGGUGCCUCUCGACAAGGUUACAUAUGCAAAUGUUAUAUCACCUCUGGCAGAACUGCAGGCGCAGCAAUUUCCACUGGUCCAGUCUUGUGUGUUUCCGAAGAUGGUAUCUACUCGGGAGGAUGUACGCAAAGCAAGUGCAGAAGCAGAGCGAAGAAUAGAUGAUCAUCUUGAUGCGUGCAGGGGAAUAAAGGAUGGAUUUGACUAUGAUGAAGUCUUGCCUAAUCUCACUGGUUUCAGAUGGAUCAGCAAACGUGAAGAUGUAUAUCUUGUCAUUAAAGCAUUUGCAGUUAGGGGGGAGUGGACGAAUGCUGAAGCCAAACGCUUUGUUCAAACACUGGUGAGAGACUAUGAGCGAAAUGGAUUGAACCUCACUGCAAGCAAAAGAGAAGAGUUGCAGCGUGUAAGGGCUCAGAUUGAUGAAUUAAGCAUCAAAUAUAUCCAAAAUCUCAAUGACGAUACCAAGUUUUUUCUCUUCAAUGAGUCAGAGUUAGCUGGAUUACCGCUGGAGUUUCUCAAGGCUUUAGACCAAUCGGAAAAUGGAAAAUUUAAAAUUUCCCUGAGAAGUCAUCAUGUUGCAGCUAUACUUGAAUUUUGCAAGGUUGGAACUACAAGGCAAGUGGUAUCAGGGGCAUAUGGAAAUCGGUGUGGAGAAAUCAACAUUUCUAUCUUAGAAAGCCUGGUGCAACAGCGCCAUAAAUAUGCUCGUUUACUUGGAUUUUCAUGCUAUGCAGAGUAUGCCAUCGAUGUUAGAAUGGCAAAGACACCAAAAAAGGUGUUUGAAUUCCUGAAAGACAUAUCAACAGGUUUAACUGACUUGGCCAUGAAAGAACUUAAUAUCUUGAAAGAUUUGAAGAAGAAAGAGGAAGGGGAUUUUCCAUUUGGAAUUGUGGACCUACUAUAUUAUGUAAAGCGGAUUGAAGAACAGAGCUACGAUUUGGACUUUGAAGAGAUCAAGCAAUACUUUCCAAUUAGUGUGGUUCUAUCGGGGAUCUUCAAAAUUGUCCAAGAUCUAUUUGGCUUAAGGUUUGAGGAAAUUUCAGGAGCUGACGUUUGGCAUUGUGAUGUUCGUGUUUUCUCAGUGCUGGACUUGGGUUCUAGCAAACUCUUAGGUUAUUGCUACCUUGAUUUGUUCUCCAGGGAAGGAAAAUAUGGCCAUACUUGUGUGUUAGCUCUCCAGAACAGUGCAUUAACAAUCAGUGGGGCACAACAGAUACCAGUUGCAUUGCUAAUAUCUCAAUGUCAAAAAGAAGCUGAUGCUAGUUCUGGAUUAUUGCGGUUUUCUGAAGUGGUCAGUCUUUUCCAUGAGUUUGGCCACGUGGUUCAACAAAUUUGCAACCGUGCAUCGUUUACCAGAAUUUCUGGAUUAUGUGUUGAUCCGGACUUUGUGGAAAUACCUUCUCAACUGUUAGAAAACUGGUGUUAUGAACGUUAUUCUCUCAAGUUGAUUUCGGGAUUUCAUCAGGAUAUUACAAAACCGUUGACGGAUGACAUAUGCAAAUCAAUUAAAAGAUGGAGGACUUCGUUUUCUGCACUUAAAUUGAAGCAAGAUAUACUCUGCUGUCUUUUUGACCAAAUCAUACAUUCUGCGGAUAACAUAGACAUUCAGGAAUUAUUCAAGCAUCUUCAUCCCAUGGAGUUGUUAGGCUUGCCAAUUUUAGAAGGAACCAAUCCAGCAUCAUAUUUUCCUUCUUCUGUCAUUGGUUAUGAGGCAGCGUGCUAUAGUCGAAUAUGGAGCGAGGUUUUUGCUGCUGAUAUAUUCACCUCAAAGUUCUGCAACGAUGUUUCAAACCAGCAUGCCGGCCUGCAAUUCAGGAACAAGGUUUUGGCGAUGGCCGGAGUGAAAGAUCCUAUCGAUGUGUUAUCAGACUUUCUAGGAAGAGAACCAUCAAUCCAAGCUUACAUUGAUAACAAAGUCAAAAAGUUUUUAUUGGUUAUUCAGGAACGCACACUUAAACCUAACUCUGGUGUCGUGUUUGAACGCGUUUUUGAUUCCCAGGUCAACAAACAACCACCACCACCAAGACACCAAAACCGUGUUUGCUUCGUGUUAGAAGAAAAAGAGUAA